AUCCUGUUUCCUUAGAAGAAACUUCACGGCUUUGGGACAAAUCUAGGCGACGGGACAUAAUUGUACCAGACAAUACAAUGCCAGGAACGAUGAAGCCCGGGAGGGUAAGAAAUCGACCUCCUAGAUUGACAAUACAACAAGGAACCCAAUACAACCCACAAACUUCCUCUGAAAAGAGCACACCCACGCAUGCCAGUGUGCAGGAGCAAUCUGAGUCUCUAAACAGCAGCUCACAAGCAGAAUCCAGGCCGCCGGUAUCGGUCAACAAUGUCAAAUAUGAGGUCAUGCUCUUGUAUCUGCGUCAGCAGCAGCUAGAGAGACGUUGGGCAAGUGAUAAUACCGCAGAGGGCGUGGUGCUGAAGAGAGGAAAGCAUGAUUUUAUCUGUCAACCAGCAGAGCUACCAAAGCAUACCAAUGGAUUCUACGACGAGAUCAAGAAACUUAACGUCAAAGUUGCAAUGACUGUCAGGACAUCAGCUAUCCAGCUAUUUCUAAAAGAGUACAAAUUGCCAUUUGUCCCUUUCAGUAAUGGGCAGCAGCUUCAUAUCAUUGAAAACAUGAGUACACUGUCAUUCUGUAAGCGCCAUCACUAUGCUGCAUUUGUCCGUAGUCAAGGGUCGCUGGUUGUCUGGGAUGAAGACCCCACUGAGGUGAUCGCUCGCGCCGAAAGAAUCGAGAAAUACCUGGUCAACAUGCUUUGGACUCUGGACAGUGCGCAAGAUCGUUCCUUUACCCAGAUUGAACGCAGCAAAGAGAUGAUUGAAAAAUCCAAGCAAGUCGACGUCCAAGCCACAGAGGUAAGCUCAACCAAGAGUGAAAGCUCGACCAAGGAGGAGAAACCCCGAAAAACAAGGAUCUAUCAAUCAAUUCUAGUCGCGAUAGUUUCUAUCUUGACCAUUUUCUGUCUGUCAAUCGGUUGGAGAGAAAUAGCAAAGGAAAUUGCCAUCGACCAUACUUACACCCGGCUCGCGAUCCUUGCCGCAGCCCCUCUCCAACUUUGGCUCGCCUGGUUCUUCUUCACCACCCUGGUCAACGGGAUUUCGCAGAUGAUUGGACCAGUCCACCAAGUGGCCGAGAAUUCCAAGUUCUAUUCUGCCGUGCCUUCUGAACGGCUUCACAACAGGGAAUUGCCCCAUGUUACAAUCCAGUGUCCUGUCUUCAAGGAAGGACUCGAGGCUGUCAUUAUCCCUACCGUCACGUCAGUCAAUAAGGCUAUCUCAACCUAUGAGCUACAGGGCGGGACGGCCAAUAUCUUCUUCAACGACGAUGGCAUGCAAUUGAUAUCCGAUGAUGAUGCGCGAAAAAGAGUGCAGUUCUACGAGGACAACAAUAUCGGCUGGGUCGCCCGUCCAGGACAUGCUCCUAAGGGCGACGAAAACGGUAAUAAUGUAUUCAUUCGCGCGGGGAAAUUCAAAAAGGCGUCCAACAUGAACUACUGUCUUGCCAUCAGUAAUCGAAUCGAGGAAAUAAUGAGCGAAGAGUCACGAACAAGCGCAUGGACUCAAGAAGACGAGGAUCGAAGCUACCAAAAUGCAUUUGAUCAGGUUUUUGCAGAACACAAGGGUCGAGCUUGGGGAGGUGGCGACAUUCGAAUGGGAGAUUACAUCCUCCUGAUUGACUCCGACACUCGAGUACCUGAAGAUUGUUUACUGGAUGCAGUCUCGGAGAUGGAAAUUUCGCCGCACAUCGCGAUCAUUCAAUUCAGCAGUUCCGUUCUCAAUGUGACGCAGAGUUUCUUCGAACGAGCAAUCACCUUCUUCACCAAUCUAGUCUACACCGCGAUUCGAUACGCUGUCGCCAAUGGAGACGUUGCUGCCUUUAUUGGUCAUAAUGCAAUUUUGCGCUGGUCUGCGGUGCAAGACGUCAGAUAUACAGACGACUCCGGGAUAGAGAAGUUCUGGGCCGAAAAUACCGUGUCAGAAGAUUUUGACAUGGCCCUUCGUUUACAGUCCCUUGGCUACGACCUAAGAUUCGGCACAUAUUGUGGUGACGGAUUCAAGGAAGGCGUGUCCUUGACCGUCUACGACGAACUCUCGCGAUGGGAGAAAUAUGCUUAUGGAUGUGCUGAGCUUUUAUUCAACCCAUUCAGAUACUGGCCUACACGAGGACCAAUCACUCCAAUGUUCCGACGAUUCAUAACCAGUCCGAUGAGCCUGAUGGCCAAGAUCACCAUCUUGGCUUACAUCGGCACCUAUUUCGCCAUCGCAUCCGCCUGGGUCCUGACCUUGAUGAAUUACUUUUUAGUUGGCUGGUUCAACGGAUACCUUGACCAUGCGUAUGUCAACAGUUUCCAGAUCUAUUUCGGCAUUGUCAUUGUGUUCCAGGCGCUAGGGACAGUCAGUCUGGCCGUCUUCCGUUAUCGUGUGGAGAAUCGGUCUUUGGUGGGAGCUUUUUUCGAGAAUCUCACCUGGUUACUCUUGCUCACUGUUUACCUGGGUGGAAUCUCCAUGCACAUUUCGCAGGCAAUUCUCUCAUAUCUAUUCAGCGUCGAUAUGACAUGGGGAGCCACGGCCAAAGAAGCAAAGUCCACCUCAUUCUUUCGGGAGGUGCCCAUCAUUCUCCGAAGGUUCAAGUUCACCUUUGCCUAUUGCAUUAUUAUGAUCACAACUAUGAUUGUCAUGGCUGGAGUGGGGCCUCUGGGACAGCUGGUGCCGCACGACUACAGAAUCACCACAUUCACAGCCAUCUUUCCUUUGGGCAUAGUGGUGGGGUUUCAUUUCUUGCUACCCUUGGUUCUGAAUCCUGGUUUGAUGCAAUUCACAUUUUAGAAAAUACAUCCGAGUCAGCGAGAUUUGUGGGAUUCAUCCAUCAUGACUAUGCAAUCCGAUGGCGACCCAGUCCAUGGCACAACCCCCAGAGGUCGAACGCUCGCGUUCGAUCGACAGUCAUCCAGUGGCGUCUGUCGAACGAUUCGAACAGCGAUAAACGGGACAUGUGUCAAGCGAAGGCACACGAACGGGAUUCGCAAACGCAUAGAUCUAGGGUAUAAAUAUCUGCAUUUCUACCUAGUCUAAAGGAACCUCCAUAUUUCCAAACUCUACACAUCUGAACAAAUAAUAUCAACGAGAAAAAUUCACCAAUUUAAUCUCAUCAUGCCUAGAGAUGAUAUCAGCCAAUGCCCUCUGUGCGACUUAUGGUUGCCGACAUCUGACUAUAAAACCCAUAUAUGGAACGAGCACCAGAGACGUCCUUGCGAACAUCCAGGCUGUACGAAGACUUUCCGUCGCAAGAACGAAGUGAAGCACCAUGUCGAGAUGGCACAUAAAACAUAUGGAUCCAGCUCUUAGCUUGCUGACAACCGAGCAUUCUGUCGUGGUAUUUUCGGCUUCCUUGAUGGGGAUGCUUUGUAUCCUAUAGGUAUCUAGAUAGUACGCAGUAUACGGUAUGACGUACGCCGUGGUCUCAGAGGAUCGGGAGCUGGGAUGUACCACCAUUAUGGAUAGGGCCCCGUGGCUCCUGAUGAAUGUAUAUUAUAUGAAGGAACCAGAGCAAAAAGCUAACUUCAUCCGCUGGGCGAAAGUGAGCCUUGCGGUACUCGGGUUCUGUCAAUCAACAUAGAUCUCAGUAUAUCUGGC